AUGGCAGGGUUUACUGAAUCACAAAGGAAUCCGUCGACCGAUCCGCUUAUUCUGUGGUUAAACGGAGGACCAGGCUGCUCUUCUUUGGGAGGUCUCAUCGAAGAGCUUGGCCCUUUCAAGCUGAAGCACUACGGCAAUACCGUCUAUUCAAAUAGGCAUUCAUGGAAUCUUUUUGCCAAUGUGCUUUUUCUGGAAUCACCUUCUGGCGUAGGAUUCUCGUACAACACGAAUAACAAUGUGACCACUAACGACGAUGAUGUCGCUCAGCACAACUACCAAGCAUUGGUAGAUUUCCUGAGGAAAUUUCCCGAAUAUCAUGGACGAGCCACCUACAUAACGGGCGAAUCCUAUGGUGGGGUGUAUCUUCCAACUUUGGCUGUCAGAAUGAUCAAUGAUUCUGCCAAUUUUCCAAAUUUCAAGGGUGUUGCUAUUGGAAAUGGAAUACUGAGUUUUGCUCUCAAUUACGCCACCUCGAUUCCGCUCUUUUAUUAUCACGGACUCAUCAGAGACGACGAAGAGGUAAUGGACACCUACGUAACCACUCACUACGAAAUGUCGCCAGAAAUCGAGCAGACCAGUGCUGCUGGAGUAAAAAUCCUUAUCUACAAUGGAGACGUGGACACUGUGUGCAAUCAUGCGAUGAACAGACAAUUCCUUAGCAAACUCAAUAGGAGAAUUUUGGGAGAAGAGCGAGCGAACGAGCCGUGGUCUUACCUAAAUGAAAAACCGUCGAUUGCCGGAUUUCAGCUUAAAUACGAAGGAGGAAUUGAUUUCAUAACAGUACGCGGCAGUGGCCACUUUGUACCGGCGGACAAACCACGAGAGUCUCUUCAAAUGAUUUAUAAUUUCGUUACCGGUCAAGAUUAUUCACUACCGGCUCCUUUCUAA